AGGCUCUAUUUGCAUCAACGGUUGAAAGCCAUCCACGCUAGUGGCAGAUUGUGGUAACUGGCAAGCACGCCUAGAGUUAGUGCUAUGGAACCUGGAUUUCCAAUUUCUGCGUAAUUUCUAAUCAACCAAAACCGUAUCUUCCAUUCCAUUGAUCUUCAUAUAACCAUUGAGAGCUACAUAUGACCUAAUUUGAGUUUGAGGAAUGACUAGAUGUACACAAAAAAUGAAAUUGAAAAUGAAAAGGGUGAUGUUGUUUACACAUUCUUGGCGCUAGGCGACUGAUCAUUGUCAAGAGUAAUCCAUAACCGUUUAGAACUAAUUCACAUUGCUGAUACACAUUUAUCAUGAAUGGAUUUUGUGUGAACUUUUAGGUGGACAGUAAACAAAAAUGGAAAAGAAAAGGAAGAAAACACGAAAGUGAAUGAGCUUCUUCGCAAGUGGCCUUCUACUACAGUGGUGAAGAGGAGUAUUGCUCUUGCACCACAUUGCACGUGGGAACUGAGGAAAAUCGCCCAAUUUGCAUUUGUUUAUACAUUUUCUCUCCUUUUGGGUCUGAGGCUGUUUUCUUCUCGUCCAGUUAGGGUAUCCGAGUUCACUCAGCAAUCCCACCAGCCACAGCCGGAGGUCCGGUUCGCCACACAGCUCUCCUGCACCUGUCAGAGGCCGCCGGUCGAGAUCAUUGUCGAGGUCUAGGAGAAGUCGUUCUAGGUACCGGACUGCCAUCUGGUUACAGGCCCUCGCAACCAAGAAUCUCGUGGAUUUGGCUUUGUCGCAAUGGAAACUGUUGAGAAUGCAGAACGCUGCAUCAAAUAUUUGGAUCGGUCUGUGCUUCAAGGUCGAUUAGUUACAGUUGAAAAGGCAAAAAGGAAACGAGGGAGGACUCCAAAUCCUGGAAGGUAUCAAGGUUUGAGAGAUAAACGAGGAGGUCUACUGUGUUAUUUUAUGCCUGGCCCUCUAGAUCUGAACAAUCUGCAUUUCGGGUGUACAAUCGAGUUCGCCAUAGCUAAUUUUUGGAUUAGAGCCUAUUAUAAUGCUUUGUUUGAGUGGAUUCACAUCUCAUGUGAACCAUGGCUUACAAAGAUGCAGGACGUGAUCGUGAUCAUGACCCUAGACGAUAGUGAAGUUAUUCACCUCGUAGGUUUCAAGACAGAGAUCCUUAUUCCGGGGACCGCCGAGGAACAUCACGCUCUCGAUACGGUAUGAGGGUGGAUGAACACUGGGACUCGUACAGGAGGCGCAGAAAACGCACCUUGUCCUGUGGCAGAAACCCUAGAUAGAGAAAAUUAAUCCAAAUGAGCUUCUGACCGUCCCUGCAUUUGUUAGUUUUACACCUAGAUGUGGGGUUUUGGGAUCUUUAGUACAUUUUCACCAAGUAUUUUUGCAAUGUUGUUGUACUUGUGUAUUGUAUUUGUAUGUUAACAAUUUAUUCUUAAUAAAGUUGUUUACGUCUUCCAUUUUA